ACUGCUGUCCCGGAGUCACCGCUGUAGCCUCAUAUAUAUUAGUGAAUGCUCUCUGGGAGCUGCAAACCGUGCAUUGUUCUCUCCAUAGCCGGAUCCACAGAAGCAGCAUGCCCCGGUGCUCUGGAUGGGGGGUCGCUCUCAACUUGCUCUAAGGCCAAUGUAUCGUUACACCGGAAAGCGAAACGCGGACGGAGAUAAGGAGCGAUCAGAGGCAAAACUUGGACAGUAAACACGAAAUAAUGCCGAUGUAAAACAGGCGAUUAUUGUGAGGAAAAGGACGAAUACAGACAGCAAAGAGACGCGUUUUUGUUUCUGAAUUGGAGAUCAAUAAAAGGGAGGAUAACGUAUGGAUACAGCCGAUGUCUACAUAGAGAAACGGGCUGUAAAUGUGUGAUGGCAGGUCGGAUUUGCACGUUGUGCCGACUGAAACAGGUUGGUUUCUCCUCGAUCAAACUUCAGCAGAAUCAGACGUGGGACAAUUAGCGCGCAUUUAGGUGCCGAGGAUGAACUGAAUCGCUCUCGGUUUGCAGCGGCGCGCCUGAGAUGACAGCUGGUUUAUUAUGGGAAACUGCGCUCCAUCAUUCACUGGACUUUUACUGGAUUUAGAGGGUUAUCCUAAUCGCUGCAUCUGGCUGAAGGUCAUCCACAACAACUGAUCCGGAUAUCAUUGUGUUGUGAGCCCACAGAUGGCCGCCCUGUGUAAUGGAGCCAAGAAACCUGAGGGCAGUGAUCUGGUUGUAGACCCCCGGCCGCCUCCUGCCAAGCUGGCUCGACUGGAACAAAACGGAGCGGGACCCUCGGCGCAGGAGAGGAGCUGUCAGGGGAGUCCUGUGGCCAAAAACCCCUGCCUGUCCCAGAAACCCACCCCAGUGAGGCCCCAGAGCAAGAGCUGGCACAGCAAAGGGAGCCUGCUGCCGGUGUUCUGUGUGGUGGAGCACAGAGAAAACCCUCUGGAGGUGGAGAGGAAAGAAGAACACGCUGAGUUUGUGUUGGUCAAAAGAGAUCUGCUGUUCAACCAGCUGAUAGAGAUGGCUCUGCUGACACUGGGCUACUCACACAGCUCUGCUGCACAGGCCAGAGGUCUGAUCCAGGUGGGCAGGUGGAACCCGGUGCCGCUGUCCUGUGUGACAGAUGCUCCUGAUGCCACCGUGGCUGAUAUGCUGCAAGAUCUUCACCAUAUUAUCACACUUAAAAUUCAGCUGCACAGCUGUCCCAAACUGGAGGACUUACCACCCGAGCAGUGGAGUCACUCCACGGUGAGAAACGCUCUGAAGGAGCUCCUGAAGGACAUGAACCAGAGCUCCCUGGCCAAGGAGUGCCCCCUGUCCCAGAGUAUGAUAUCAUCUAUUGUAAAUAGCACUUACUAUGCAAAUGUCUCAGCUGCCAAGUGUCACGAGUUUGGUCGAUGGUACAAGCACUUCAAGAAGACCAAAUGCUUCAAGGAUAUUGACAGCUUCUCUGACCAGACUGCACAUAUCACCCUCACUCAGCAGCCAAUCACAAGCAGCCCAGCUGAUCAGAGCCCAACCCUGUUUUUCUCUCAUGGAGAAGUAGCCAGCAUAUGUGGCCGGACCCCGCUCGGCAGGCGCCCCCCCGGGUUGGUAACCCAGCCAUUAAGCCCACAAAUGGUCAACCAGCAGCUGGUGAUGGCUCAGUUUCUCAACCAGCAGUAUGCUGUUAGCCGCAUGCUAGCCGGCCAGGGUCUCUCACCGUCCCCACAGCAGUUUCUCAACCACCCGCCUGUAGCGAUUCCUCCCCCUCCUCCAAUGGUUUUCUCCAAAGCCCCUGAUUCCCAAGCCCCACAGCAGGCCCAGUGCUGCCCAGGAGGAGGCCCUGUAGCCGGGACGCAAACCCAGACAUUGGCUGGGUCUUCUGUUGGGUCGUCAGACGUGCCAUUUGAAAUCUACCACUGUGUGAGGGAGGAACUGAAGAGAGCAGGCAUCUCUCAAGCUGUCUUUGCACGAGUGGCCUUUAACAGGACCCAGGGUCUGCUGUCGGAGAUUUUGCGGAAAGAGGAGGACCCUAACCACGCCUCCCAGUCUCUGCUGGUCAACCUGCGGGCCAUGUACAGCUUCCUGCAGGUGCACGAGGCUGAGAGGGAUCGCAUCUACCUGGAGGAGAAAGACAGAACCUUGACUGGAUUCAUCCCAGGCUGCAACACGCCACCGAGAUCCACACAGGCGAGACUGUCCCCAGUUCUAGGAGACAGAGGGUUGAGGACAGACAGCUGUGUACUCAAUGUGAGCGCUUCUAUCUACGAGGACAUUCAGCACGAGAUGAAGAGAGCCAAGGUGUCUCAGGCUCUGUUUGCUAAAGUUUCCGUCUCCAAGAGUCAGGGCUGGCUGUGUGAGCUGCUGCGUUGGAAAGAGGAUCCCAACCCAGAGAACCGGACCCUGUGGGAGAACCUGUGCAUGAUCCGCCGGUUCCUCAGCCUGUCGCAGACCGAACGAGACGCCAUCUACGAGCAGGAGAGCAGCAGCACGGCUCAGCAGCACUCUGACAGGCUGACACUGCUCAGCAACGACAGCACACUGUACCAACGCCACUCUCCUCUGCCGCAGCAGCACCAUCUCCAGCCCCAUCAGCCCCUGCACCCAGAGGCAGGACCUCACCUGUCUCCACGGCAACCAUGUGCUGCAUCACCAGCAGAGUGUGAGGCGGGGGGGAACAACUGGGGGCACGUGAGGGUGCAUCUGCAGGGCAGGGGCAGCAGUAAUGGAGAGAGGGGAGACAGUAAGGACUGGGUUGAGGGCGAGAUGAGCAUUUUCGGAGGGGACUGGGGUUGUACUGGGAGGGUGAGGGAGAAGGGUAUGGAAAGUAAGGAGCAGGUGAGGAAUGGGAGUGCUGGGGAGGAAGGGAUUGGUGACAUCAUUAGAGAGUGCAAAGAGGAGGUGAAGCUCACUAUGAAGUGGCCCAGCGUGAAGGAUGAGGAGCGAGGUGAGGCUGGGGUGUGUUUAGAGGCAGAUAGUGAAGUCCAGGGGUUAAAAGUGUCCCAUGAGGCUCUGGGAAUCCUGCAGAGCUUCAUUCAAGACGUGGGACUCGACCCAGACGAAGAGGCCAUACACACCCUGUCCGCUCAGCUGGGCCUGCCCAAACACACCAUCCAAAAGUUCUUCAACAGCCAGGAUCAUGACCGGCAUCCACACCACACCCAGAGCCCGAAACGGAGUCAAAAACACGGCUGCACGGACCCAAACCUCUCCCAGACAGUCAUACCUGCAGAGGAACAAGAGGAGGAAGGUGAUGGAAGGACUGAGGCAGAACUAAAGGGUGAGCAGGAGGAGAAUCAAACAGGGAGAAAUGAAGCAAACGGGAUUGAUGUUUUGAAAGAUUCUGAUGUUGGCACUCAAACCAUUAGCCCUAUGAAGGAGGAGCACGAGAGCUACAUAUAAACUAAUUGCAUUAGACUUUUGCUAUUUGCUAUUGGUUGUCCUUAAAUCCUGUGGAAAGACUAAAAGCUGACUUUCUACCACAGCCUUAAGGAUGCUACUGCUACAAUAGAAAGCUCUCAUGUGAUUUGACCCCUUCUGCAAUUGAGACAGAACAUAACUGUGACUAUAUGAGCAGAUGAUGUCUCAACACAUUGGUUCUGUGUUGUGUCUGGAUGAAUGGGACCUGAUAAAAGAGCCUCAGAUAACAUAUCACUGUGUAAAAAAGGGUUAUUAUAUUUGGUCGGUGAAAUGUUCAAGCCAGAAAUGCCUUGUAGAAAGUGGCACUGCCAAUCUGUUUUUUUAAAUAUACUGUAUACUUUGGUUUUUUUAAAUUGUGAUUUGUGUUCAGAUAUUCGUAAAUAAUUUAAAACGGUUUCCUUCAGGAAUCACACUGUUACAUUGUCGUUAUUUGUCACAUUGUAAUAAAUCCUGAUUAUGUUAGUUGAAUUUGUAAAUGAUGUAUAGCAUUUAAUCCUUUCAUAAAUGACAGGAAAGUCUCUGCAUUGUUACUGCAGUGUUUAACAAAGGUGACCGAAUGAGUUACUGAUUCAUCUAAACUGCAAAUCGCUCCUUUUUUGUUCAACUUUGAUCACAGAGUUUGUAAAGAUCUAAUUCACUCCUGAACACAUCAUAGUUUACAUACAAUGUUUCUGUUUAUGCAUGAACCUAAAAAUCUCUCUCCCAAAAUAGCUAUGGAGUGUUUACACAUCUUGCUGUUGUCAUAUUGUUCUUAUUUACAUACUGUAGCAGAGACACAAAGCGUGCUGUAUGGAGUGCACGAUGUUCAAUAUUUCUUCAUGAAAGAACGGGUGUGGACUAGAAGUGUGAGACUGAAGACGUGCAGUGUGUACAUCAAAUGUCAGCUCUAUCAUUUGUCAACAUAAGGACGUAUUCAUUAUUUUACUGUAUGUGUAUUGUGAAAUUCAGAUUUAACGGGUUUUUUCACAAACAAUUUCACUGCGAUAAAUAAAAGAAAUGUGUUUUGAGA